AUGAAGCCGUUUCUGAUUCUCAUUAUUCUGCUCUUUGAAGCACCCACAGAUGCCGCACGACCCCAAAAAUGCUUUGGUAGUAACUUAGCAGGCUACUGCAGGAAGAAAUGCGGAGUGGGAGAAAUACAAGAACAAUCAUGUCUAAACAGGAAAGUUUGUUGUAUUAAUGAAGCUGAAAACAAAAAAUACCAGAGAGAGCAAGAGUUAAUUCUAUCUGCACUGCAGUCUGAUGAGAAGCUGGACUAUUCCAUUUUACCCACCAUCACAAUUUUCACAAUCCAACUAUAAAUCAAGCGCUUGUUCCACUGGUCUCUCCUCUUUCUAAAAUAAAAAAUGCCACCUAAUACAAUAGGCUGGGGCAAGAGAUUUUUACUUCUUUCUGUAAACUUGAUUCUCCACAUAAUAAAGUC